AUGGCAUCCGCAUGGUCCCUCCCAGGGGCGGUGGCGCCUUCAAGGUUCCUUCCAAAAGAAGUGUCGUCCCGAGGGUGCCUGUCACCGGCGAUAGCGCUCCCAGGGGCAGCGGCUCCCACAGCCCGGGCUUUUGUUAGCGGCAUUGGCGCUCCCAGGGUCGGUGGCGAACCUGGGGGCCCUCCUAUUGGCGGAGGCGCCCUUGAGUGCCCGCCCAGGAGCAGCUGGGGCCCUGCCCUGGGCAGCUUGUCCCUACGGGACCUACCAGGGGUGGCAGCGCCCUCACGAACCCUCCCAAGGGCGGUGGCGCCCUUAGUGGCCCUCCCAGGAACGGCAGAGUCCCCAAGGGCCCUACCAGAGGCGACCCUCCUGGGAGCUCUAUGUCUUGGUAUGGUCGUUCUGUCGUGCAUGUUCAUCAAUCCCAUACUUAACAGUGAUUGGUGGACUAAAAUGAGACCUGCUAGGUGCUGGUGCGCCGCCAAUGGACCUCACAGGUGUGGGGGCGCCCUCAGGGGCCCUCCCAGGGUCGGCACCCCCAAGGACUUUCCCAGUUCCGGCGGCAUCCCUAGGUGCCUUCUAAGAGGGGCUCAGCGCCCUCAGGGCCCUCCCAGGAGUGGUGGUGCCUCCAGGAAAAUUCCCUGGGGUGGUGUCGAACAAAAACGCCCUCCCAAGGGCAUUGGUGCCCACAGAGGCCCUCUGCGGGGUAUCUGCUACCACAGCGGCCCUUUUAGGGAUGAUGGCAUCCCAGGGGUUCUUACAAGUGAAAUGGCGCCUCCAUGGGCCCUCCCAGAUACGUGGUUCCCUUUAUGGACAAUCAUCGGGGCGGCGACGUCCCUAGGAGGCCCUCCCAAGGCCGGCGGCGCCCCCAGAGGUCCUCCAUAA